AUGAGAAGGGUACUGUUUCGUACAUGUUCUUCUCAAUUUUUUACGAAAGAAAAGCCGUCUUUUACCCACACUGAUAAAGCAAUGAAUACCUUUUCCUCUAUUCUUGUUAGUAUCAACAACCUCAAGUCUUCACUAGCCAAAAACUCCUUAUCCCUUCAAUGGUGUUUAGAAGCCACAAAACUCCUCAAGGAGAUGCACUUUCAGUUUCUUGACAUAUUUCAGACGUCUGAGGUACCCGUGUUUUGGGAUGGGGGAAACUAUUUGGAUGAGUACAUGAAAGAGUCUUUGCACAUCCUGGAUUUUUGCAACAUGUUGAGAUCAGCCAUUUCUAUGAUGGACAGGUACCGUUUAAUGGUUGGUGUUGCUGUUAAAAGAUUUUCCGAUGAAGGGCAUUCGGGUUCGGCCAUGAAUAUUACUGAAAUUGAGAAAUUAGAGAGAGAAUGGCUAAAGCUUUAUGGCAUUGAGAACUGGAAGAAUGUGAAUCUAUACAAAACCGGAAGACCGAAAACAAAGAACAAGGAUGAUAUGUAUAGUCCAGCAUAUGUUGUAAGAAGAACCAUGAAUAUUGUAUGUUUGCUCCUGUUUUCUGCAUUAUUCUAUCCAGUUUCAAUAGAAGUGGAUGAGGAGGUCUAUAGAGAUUUUCCUCAACUGAAGCUACUCUCAUCUUCACUGAGGAAGCUUGUGUGUUGCUUCUUCGAGGAGCGACAAGGUGUCAGGGAUAAUUCAAGACCAGUUCUAGUGGAGACUAAAAUGGUCGAGAGUGCAGUUGAGGAAUUGAAAGUUCAGAUUCUGAAGGGUGUGCCUCUGAAUAAAGAGAAGUUAGGAAAAAGCAUCGAUUCGCUGCAGAAUAGUUCCCUAGCUUUGAAAGAAGGUCUACAAAUGUUUGAUUCUGUAGUUAAUGAGCUGUUUCAAGAGAUAGUGAAAGGAAGGAAUAACAUUCUAGGUAUGGUUGCUUUAAGGUAG